AUGCCGGCUUUGACACUAGAAACUCCCGUAUCCCAAGUAGUCCAAGAGGUUUCAGCUUCCAAUAAUGGCGGCAGUAGCGUCUUGAUGUAUGUUCUCGUCAUUGGAGCGAUCCUUUUUGCGACGGGCAUUGGUGCCGUGAAAUGGUUAUAUCCGAACACCAUUGAGGACGUGGAACGAGAAAUAAAGUCUGCUGGCGAGUUGAUUCAGGAAAAUAUGGCCAUCGGGCAGAAUAUUUUAGGGGAUUCUGUGUGGAGGUUUCGAGAUAGGCUGAUUCAGCAAAACGAGGAGGCACGUAGAAUCAGGAAUAAGAUGAACGCGGAGCCGGAUAGGAAAGAUUUCGUCGAAUGGAUUGUCUUCCGCUGGCGUCAGAUGCGAGAUGUGAAGGCUAACUAUCUGUCCUUGAUGAACUUGAAGGGGGAGUUGAUGACGGCGAUAGAUGAACGGAAGCGAGACUUGCAUACGAGGCACGCGCCGAUACUAACGAUGGCUGUGGACGACGGUUUUCGAGCAGACUAA